GCGGUUUCUUGCGUCGACGGCCGAUCAUUGUUGAUCCUUGUGCUCGUUUGCAUGUUUGCGGGUGUCUCGACGUUGGAUCUUCGUUGUGCCUUGUGCAGCUGUCUUGAAUGUUUGUCCACUGGUUACAAGCAGAAGAGUUAGCAAGCAAUACAACAGAAGAGUUAGCAACCCUAUUAAAUUACAGCGCAAUACGUUCAUCGUAAUUACGCAAAAAAAAUUAGCUUCCUUCCCCUUCUCCACCUGCACCUCCAUUUCUGUGGAGCUGCGGAAAGCCCGUAGAAAAGAGAGACGGGGACGAAAAGGUGCAAAAGAUAGGGGAAGAGCAAGCAAUUAGCAGGUCCAGGAUGGAGAGUGUGGAGAGAGCGUGGGACUCGAUCAACCGGAGCGUGGAGGAGGCGUACUCGCGGACGUCUUUCUCAGGCAGGAGCCCCAUGGCCGAUGACGAUGAGGAGGCGCUGCGGCGGGCUGCAAUCGAGAAUCUCCCCGCGAUCGACCGCCUCCGUACCGGCAUCCUCCGGACGGUCGUGGAUGCCGAGGACGGGCGAAUGGAGUAUGAGCACAAGAAGGUCGAUGUCCGGAUGCUGGGGCUUCCCGAGCGCCAGGAGUUCAUUCAGAGGAUCUUCAAGAUCGCCGAGGAGGACAACGAGCGCUUUUUGAAGAAGCUCCGAGCUCGGAUUGAUAAGGUCGGCAUUGAGCUUCCAACGGUAGAGGUUAGGUUCGAGAACAUCACAGUCGAGGCUGAGUGCCACGUGGGGAACCGAGCAGUGCCCACACUCUUCAACGCGGCAAGAAACAUUGCCGAGUCCGCCAUGGGGCUCCUGGGCAUAAGCCUUGCGAAGAGAGCCCACCUCACCAUCCUCAAAGAUGCAACUGGAAUUAUAAAGCCUUCAAGAAUGACACUUCUAUUGGGUCCGCCUUCUUCUGGGAAGACGACACUUCUACUGGCUCUGGCCGGAAAGCUGGAUCCAAGUCUGAAGGUGAGAGGAGAUGUAACAUACAACGGGUUCAGGUUCGACGAGUUUGUGCGACAAAAGACGGCGGCUUACGUUAGCCAGAACGACAUCCACGUUCCAGAGAUGACGGUCAAAGAGACACUUGACUUUUCUGCCAUGUGUCAAGGCGUGGGCACCAAAUACGAGCUACUAAGAGAGCUAGCGUUGAGGGAGAAGCAGCAGGAUAUUUUGCCGGAUCCUGAGGUGGAUCUCUUCAUGAAGGCUACAGCGAUGGAAGGUGUCAAAAGCAGUCUCCAAACGGACUACACCUUGAGGAUACUUGGGCUGGACAUCUGUGCCGAUACCAUUGUGGGCAACGACAUGAUGCGAGGGAUAUCGGGUGGGCAAAAGAAGCGCGUCACCACAGGGGAGAUAAUUGUAGGUCCAACCAAGAUCCUGUUCAUGGACGAGAUAUCAACGGGUCUUGACAGCUCCACCGCCUUCCAGAUUGUGAAAUGCCUGCAGCAGAUUGUUCACCUAGGCGAGGCCACAAUCCUUAUGUCCCUCCUCCAGCCUGCCCCUGAGACUUUCGAGCUAUUUGAUGAUAUCAUAUUGCUCUCUGAGGGACAGAUAGUCUACCAGGGCCCCCGUGAAUAUGUGCUCGACUUCUUUGGGAGCUGUGGAUUCCGUUGUCCUGAGAGGAAAGGUGCUGCUGAUUUCUUGCAAGAGGUUACCUCAAGGAAGGACCAGGAGCAGUACUGGGUGGACCAGACGAAGCCUUAUCGCUAUGUAACAGUUUCUGAGUUUGCUGCACAGUUCAAAAGAUUUCAGGUUGGCCAGAAGCUGCGGAAGGAGCUCUCCAUCUCAUUCAAUAAGAAAAAGAGUCACAGGGCAGCUCUGGUCUUCUCCAAGCAGUCUGUCUCAUCAUUAGAGCUUAUGAGAGCCUCCUUUGGCAAGGAGUGGCUUCUCAUAAAGAGGAACUCCUUUAUCUAUAUUUUCAAAACUGUUCAAAUUAUCAUAGUGGCAAUAAUCACCUCAACAGUGUUCCUGAGGACACGAAUGCAUUCAAGGACAGAAGAUGAUGGUGCCCUUUUUAUUGGAGCACUUAUCUUUGGCUUGAUCACCAAUAUGUUUAAUGGGUUUGCAGAGCUAUCCCUGACCAUCACAAGACUCCCAGUGUUGUACAAGCACAGGGAUCUCCUCUUCUAUCCAUUAUGGGCCUUUACCCUACCAAAUUUUCUCUUGAGGAUUCCCAUUACGAUGCUAGAGUCAGUUGCUUGGGUUGGCAUGACUUACUACUCCAUAGGAUUUGCCCCUGAAGCCAGUAGGUUCUUUAAGCAGCUGCUCAUCUUUUUCUUGAUCCAGCAGAUGGCAGCAGGGCUCUUCAGGCUUAUGGCAGGAGUGUGCAGGUCCAUGAUCAUCGCCAGCACUGGAGGUUCUAUUGCUGUCCUCUCCAUGUUUGUCCUCGGAGGUUUCAUCUUACCAAAAGAUGUUAUUCCAAAAUGGUGGAUCUGGGGUUAUUGGGUUUCGCCUCUAUCUUAUGGAUUUAAUGCUCUAGCAGAAAAUGAGAUGUUCGCUUCCAGGUGGAUGGAUAAAUUUGCACCUGAUGGUAGGAGGUUAGGAGUGGCAGUGCUAAAGGACUUCAACAUUUUCCCAGAUAGCAAUUGGUACUGGAUUGGAGCUGGCACUCUUCUAGGGUUCACCGUCCUCUUCAAUGUGCUCUUCACAUUUUCACUUGUGUAUCUAAAUUCUUUGGGAAAACCGCAAGCUGUUAUAUCUGAAGAAACAGCGAUUGAAAUGGAAACCAACCAAGGAGGGAACAAGGAACCUUCGAGGUUUAGAAGGACUGGGUCAAGUAAAGAAUCUAUACCUCGAGCUUUACCAGCAAAAGAUGGAAAUAGAACCUUGGAAAUGAUGACUGGUCAUGUAAGCAGCCGUGCUAUCAGUGGUUCACACAAUGCGCCUGCAUGGGAUAUGUACACCAAUGCAGCUGCCGGUGUUGCUCUGAAGAGAGGAAUGGUUCUUCCAUUCACACCACUAUCCAUGUCCUUUAAGGAAGUCAACUACUAUGUUGACAUGCCUGCGGAACUGAAACAGCAAGGAGUGACUGAAGAUAGGCUCCAACUGCUGAAGGGGGUGACGGGGGCUUUUCGUCCUGGCGUUCUGACAGCGCUUAUGGGUGUUAGUGGGGCUGGAAAGACAACCCUUAUGGAUGUUUUAGCAGGGAGAAAAACAGGUGGUUACAUUGAAGGUGAUAUCCGAAUCUCUGGUUACCAGAAAAACCAAGCGACUUUUGCAAGGAUAGCAGGUUAUUGCGAACAAAAUGAUAUCCACUCUCCCCAGGUCACUGUUAGGGAGUCCUUGAUUUUCUCAGCCUUCCUACGUCUAUCGAAGGAAGUCAGUGAUGAAGAGAAAAUAAAAUUUGUGGAAGAAGUGAUGGAACUGGUAGAGCUUGAUAGUCUCAAGAACGCGAUUGUGGGCCUUCCAGGUGUCACUGGGUUGUCAACAGAACAAAGAAAGAGGUUGACGAUUGCAGUUGAGCUUGUUGCUAAUCCUUCAAUAAUCUUCAUGGAUGAACCAACAUCGGGUCUUGAUGCAAGGGCAGCAGCCAUUGUCAUGAGAACUGUGAGAAACACUGUUGAUACAGGAAGAACAGUUGUUUGUACAAUCCAUCAACCAAGCAUCGACAUAUUUGAAGCCUUCGACGAGUUGCUAUUGUUGAAAAGAGGAGGCCAAAUAAUAUAUGCUGGACCUUUGGGCCGUAACUCACACAAAUUAAUUGAAUAUUUCGAGGCAAUUUCUGGAGUUCCAAAAAUCAUGGACAAGUACAAUCCUGCAACAUGGAUGCUGGAAGUGAGUUCCACGGCAGCUGAAGUACGACUAGGAAUUGACUUUGCCAAGCACUACAAAUCAUCAACGUUGUAUCGGCGUAAUAAGGCACUGGCCAGAGAGCUGAGUAAACCACUUCCAGGUACAAAUGAUCUCUACUUCGCAACACAGUAUGCCAAGUCCACCUUUGGGCAAUUCCAGUUCUGCCUUUGGAAGCAAUGGUGGACUUACUGGAGGAGCCCUGAUUACAACCUUGUUAGAUUUUUCUUCACACUGGUCACUGCACUACUACUUGGAACAAUGUUUUGGAGGAUUGCUGAAAAGAGGGACAGUUCAUUCGAUCUUGUUACCAGCCUGGGAGCCAUGUAUGCCGCAGUUUUGUUCGUGGGAUAUAAUAACUGUUCAACAGUGCAACCUGUCAUAGCAAAUGAGAGGACCGUGUUCUAUCGAGAGAGGGCUGCUGGGAUGUAUUCUGCUUUACCAUAUGCCAUGGCCCAGGUGGUUGUGGAAUUACCGUAUGUGUUUAUUCAGACUGUGUACUAUACACUCAUCGUAUACUCCAUGUUGGGUUUCCAGUGGACAGCUGCAAAGUUCUUCUGGUUCUUCUAUGUAACCUUUUUCUCCUUCCUCUAUUUCACUUAUUAUGGAAUGAUGAAUGUUUCAAUCUCGCCGAACCCUCAAGUGGCUGCACUCUAUGCUGCAACCUUCUUUACACUCUUCAACCUCUUCUCAGGCUUCUUCAUCCCCAGACCGAAACUUCCUGUAUGGUGGAGAUGGUACUACUGGGUUUGUCCAAUAGCAUGGACAGUUUAUGGGCUGAUUGUAACACAGUAUGGUGACCAAGAGGAUGUUAUCAAGGUGCCUGGUCAUCCCGACCAAACGAUUAAAUUUUACCUCAAGGACCAUUUUGGAUAUGACUCUGAUUUUAUGGGCAUUGUAGCCACAAUGCUGAUUGGAUUCACUGUCUUAUUCGCAUUUGUAUUUGCUUACGGCAUCAAGAAAUUAAAUUUCCAACAAAGAUAGAGAGUUGCAGAGGUUCGAAGAAAUUCAGGUAGCAGAUCAAUUACCACCACUGGAACAUUUCUUUUUUUAGUGUUGUACCACCACUGUAACCUUUCAUUUUUCCGUCACUGUCAACAGAGGCUGUGACGUGCCUACCUAGGAUUUCGGAGGCAUUGUUUCCUUGCCUAUCGUUUGUAAAUAUAUAAACAAAUGUAAGCACGUUGUCUUGUCGAUAUCGUUUUAGGUUGUGUUUGGUGAAAUAAAUGUCAUAGUUGGCAGUCAAUUUUAAA